GAUCAGACAAAUCCUUUUUGGGCUGGGAAUGUCAGAACAUGAUUUAGUUUCGGGUGAUACAGAAGCGCAGUACGCUGGAGAUACAAGCAGCAAGCGCGGUGGCUGGAUAACUUUACCGUUCAUGAUGGCUACAUUGUUAGGUAUGUCCAUAACUUCUUUCGGAUGGGUGCUGAACUUGAUCGUCUUCUUGAUCGAGGAAUUCAACAUCAAGAACAUCGCUGCUGCUCAGAUUUCAAACAUUGUCAAUGGAUGCCUCAGCAUGUUGCCACUUGUAGCAGCCAUUUUAGCUGAUUCUUUCUUUGGAAACAUUGUCGUCAUCUCGGCUUCUACUUUUAUCUCGCUGACGGGCAUUCUUCUCCUGACGCUGAUAGCAUAUUUGGACUUAUUGAAACCUAGACCGUGUGAAACCGGAUCAAAUCUAUGUCAGUCUCCAUCGGAACUCCAGCUUGGGAUCUUGUAUACAGCCUUAGUUCUAGUAACCACUGGAGCAGGUGGGACACGGUCAGGGCCGGCCCUGGGCCAAGCCCAUUGA